UUUAUUAAGCAACUGAAUGGAAGCCUAGAGACGGAAACCUGUCAGUCUGGCAGCAUUACUUUAUCAGUGUAGGACUGUGGAAGUUACCCGAGUGAGUGAAAUGAAUUACCCAGUUUUGAAUGCAAGGAUGUAACGGUUGAGAAUGCAAUAUUAUUGGCAUGGUACUGUGAGUCACAUCCUAUGGAGGUCAAAAGACAUUGGAUCACUACCAUGGGUUUAGGUGUACCUGGUGAGUAGGGGUGUAAAGAUACAAUUGCAUCUUAAUGCAAUAGAUUUUUGUUACAGCAAAAAUAAAUAUUGCCUAAAUAUGUGUCUUAGGUAUUUAUUUUCAGUUUAUUAAAGCAAUUACCUGUAUUGUGUAAAUCAUUCAGACUCUUAGCAACAUAUAAUUAAACAAAAUUUGUGGACUAAAUUUUAACAAAAUUAAAAUGGCUUAUUAAACUCUCUGGCCAGGCUUUCAUUGAGGUGACUCCUUUCAAUGUCUGAAGCAUGGGGUGCGUUAUUUCACAUUCUGCUGUUAGGUAGUUGUGUUGUGUUGUGAGUCAUAUGCAGCUCUCUGUAUCUCAAGCAGGUUUUUGAAUCCUUGUUGUACACUAUGCCGAGUAGUCUCAUAUCUGCAACUAUGAACGUUCCAAUCACCGGCUGAUAUUAUUUAACCCAGAUUGAAUCUGCAUGUUAAGGCUGUCUAAAUACAGCAGAGAGAGAUGUGUGUGUGAGUGUGUUUCUUUGUGCUUUCACAAAAGUUAGGUCACUGGCCAUCAUUGUCUUAACUUACUGGGAAGUAAAAUUCUCCCAUACAACAGUACUUAAUAAUUGGCUGCCAUUUCUGUUUUUCUUGACCUAAUUGAGAGCCUAAUAUUGGUCAAAACAGUACGAUGUGUCAUAUCAUUACAGCCAUACCAGUGCGUUACCCACCUUUAUUCUUGAAGGUUUUGUUCCCUUUAUGUGCUUGAUCUAAGCUGGAGGACCCCCAAGAUACUCUAUGAGAGCUGUCCUUUUAAUUGGGUAUUGUUUUAAUUUGGACAAAAUUGUAUGUAGAUAUUACUAUGUAGAUAUUGCUUGCAUAGAUUUCAUGUUUAUACUGUUUUUGUGUGAGUUUGUCCUUUGUCCUGUAAGCGCAGUGUGUUCCUGUGCAGAAUUCCAGGGCUGCCAGAACAGCAAGCUGCAGGCUGAGAGGAUCUCUGACCUGCAGGAGAAGAAGCGAAGUCUGCAGACUCUUUUAAGUAGUAGACAGAAGGAACUACGACAAGUGUGUCUGCUGGAGGCAGAACUGACAGGGAAACUUCCAUAUGACUUUCCUCUGGAAGUGGGUGAACAGCCCCCAGUUGUUCAGCGCAGAGCUGGAAAGGCAUUAAAUGCAAUGUCAGAGGUAGAGGAUAACCUGGGCCAGCAACGACAGGAGAAGACUGGGUUCAGUGGCACCCUCCUUCAAAGCAUCGAGUCAGACAAAAACACUUUACAGAACAAGAGGACUGUUCACCGUGGAUGUCACACAGAGGAAACAGUUAAAUCAGAGAGCAGUUCCAUGUCGGACUCGACUCACUCACAAGAUAACGAGGACUUGUCUUCCAGUGUGGUUUCUGAGCAUCGCUCACUUUCUCACCCUCGCCUGGCCUCAGGCAGUCCUGACAGCCGCCUGUGUAAGAAUCUGUCUCCAGUGGAGAUUUACUACGAGAUGAGGACAUGCCAUAACUCUGCCUCUAGCUCUGUCAGCCCAAGUCAUUCCCUGCCAAGAAGUGCAUCCAAUGUGGAUGGCAUGAGUGUUCCAGCUACACCUAUACUAUCUCAAAAUAUGCCAGUCUGCGUUCAUGUGAGGUCUGAUAUGUCUAGUGAUGUAGCACUAAAGCAGUGGAAUGGAAGUCCGGACAUUGCUCAGUUUGUUCCACUGGCAUCUCUGGAGAGUUCUUCCUCAGAGCGUAUGAGUUACAUAUUCAACUCUCUUGCACGCCGUAGCAACAGCUCUGAGGCAUUGCUUGACCGUUCCAACCAUCCUCAGCUAGUGGCUCCCCUAAAUGGCAUGCCCCCAAGAACUGGACCCUAUAAGAGCUCAGAGUGCUUGACUGAUGGCAAGCUGAGGCAUAUGUAUCAUGGGAGCCCAGAGAGGCAGCUGGGUGGAUCUAAAGAACAAGGCCACAUGCAUUCAUCAGUUAACAAAGGAUGCGGGGCAGGCUAUGAUGAGACACUGAUGGACUGUAUGAGCAAGCCACAGAAGAGACCAGUUCAGUCCCAGAAACACUUUUCAGUAGAGCACAUAUGGCCUGACCUUUCUGCUCUUCCCAAAUCUGGGACCUCAGCUCAUUGCGAUGUUUUUCCUCAUUCCCAGAUGCACCUAGCCUCUGCCACACCCUCAUACAGUCCCAUAUUUGUGCAGAGUUACCAGCCUAAACCACGUCGAGUCAAAGUCACACGGACUAAGUCCUGUGGGCCCUUUACCCCUCUCCAGCAGCACAGCCUGGAUCAUUUACUGGUAUAUGCUUACGAGCCUACCAACCUUUUAUCUGGCUCCAAUGCUUCAUCCUUUCCCAACCUACUACCCAACCAAACAGAGAUGCCCAAUUCCACUGUCACUUUCAGUAGCAAACCUGGACCCUUCUCCCUGCCUGCCCUGGAUGACUCUACCCGCAGCCUACACAAGGCUCUGGCAUUGGAGGGGCUUCGGGACUGGUAUCUGAGGAAUGCACUGGGAUACCCCACUGCAACCAGGGGGCAAGACGGACUUCGCCUGCGCCCCCCGCCCCACCUGGUGCGCCUUCCAUGGUCUGUCCCGCUGGGCCCACUCUACUCACAGAUCCCCCAGUCGACCUCCUUUCAUGACCACCCACUGCAUGGCAGGUCUGUGGAGCUCUCUCUCUACCCAAAGCAAUUUACCUCCAAGGAAACCACUCAGAAGGAGUCUAGCUCAGAUCCCCCUGCCCCUGGAACUCUGGUAUAACUGCCAGAUCACGUUACAUUUAAAAACCUACAUUAUGCUAUCUAAAACCAUAAAUUUGUAUGGCAAUUUUCAGAAACCAAGCUCAAGUCAUACAGUUAGGACGAAGGAUUUUAUAAAGAGAGAUAAUGCCCUAUGCCCUACUACAUAUGUGUACUACUGAAGUGCAGUACAAUUAUAUUACAGUUACAUUUAUAUAUGAUUUGGGAAGCUGUGAUAAGCUUAUCUUUCAAUGACCUUCAGAUAUAUUUUCAUGGUUAUAUAGAUGUAGAUGUAUGCAUUCAAAAUUGCUAUUUUGAAACUAAUAUGGUUACAGAAUUAUGAACAUGAGUUCAAUAAAUAAUGAACUCAUGUAUUUUAAUGUAUUAUAAAACUGUGAAUGUGUAGAAUACAUUUUGGUUUAAUAUCUUUAUGUACCAGUCAACAGAGAGAACCUCAAAACUGAGGAAAAUGGUCAUUGGGUAAAAUGCUUUUAUGAAAACCUAGGCCUGCAAGCAGGCUAAAAAAUUACUACCAUGUUUUCCAGAUAAUAAUGUACAUUGUUUUGCCUUGCAUCAUGUGCUGCAACAUUUAAUGUGAUUUUGUCUAAUUUGGUAUUAGCAUAAUUUUAAUAUGCCUACUUGUAAUAUUUGUUAGCAUUUUAAUGGUGGGCUGCUUAUUUGUUAGGGUUGAUAUUGGUAUGCAAGCCAAAAUCUUCAAUAAUUGUGUUUGCAAACAAAACACAGUUACGAAAGCAAGUAGAACCUGUAGCCAUAUUGAAACCUCCUGUCUUAUUAUGACUGAGAGACAUGUAGCUUUGAGAAGCACUGACUAUACUGAGCACCUACUCUAGAAAUCUUUACUAUAGAAUUCAUUGUAAACCUUAAGUAUUCCAAAAAAUAAUGUCAUAGAGACACACUAUAUGGUCAAAGGUUUGUGGAAACCUGGUCAUCACACCUUCAGCAAACUGUUGCGACAAAGUUGAAAACACACAGUUGUAUUGGAUGUAUUUGCAUUCUGUAGCUCUACAAUUUCUCUUCACUGGAACUAAGGGGCCUAUCCCAAACCUGUUCCAGCGUUACAAUCCCCCUGUGCACAUAACAAGGUGCAUGAAGACAUGGUUUGCCAAGGUUGGAGAGGAAGAAUUCAAGUGGCCUACACAGAGCAUUGGUAGUGGCCUACCUCAACCCCACUGAACACCUUUGGGAUAGGUUGGAACACUGACUUGCAUGACAUCAGUGUCUGACCUCAUUAAUGCUCUUCUGGACGAAUGAGCAGAAAUCCCUACAGCCAUGCUAAAAAAAUCUAGUGGAAAGCCUUCCCAGAAGAGUAGAGAUCAUUGUAACAGCAAGUGGGGACUAAAUCUGGAAUGGGAUGUUAAAAAAUUCAAUUUCAAUUAAAUUUUAUUUGUAUAGCUCUUUUAACAAUGGACAUUGUCAUCACAAAGCAGCUUUACAGAAAUGAAUAUAUUCAGGAUAUAAAUUGUAAAUGUAUGAGUUUAUCCCUAAUGAGCAAUCCAGAGGCGACAGUGGCAAGGAAAAAACUACCUGAGACAAUAUGAGGAAGAAAACUUGAGAGGACAGAGACUCAAAAGGGAACCCAUCCUCAUCUGGGUGACAGUGAAAAGAACAUGUGAUGUGCACAUGAGUGUCAUGGUCAGGUGUCCACAAACCUUUAGCCAUAUAGUGUAUCUGGCAUCAUUGAAACACUGGAUUCAUAAGGCCAGUAGUGGAAAAUAACAAUGUAAAAGCAUUACAAGACAAUUAUGAGGUUUUAGCAUUUUUUUUCCUAAGCAGACAAAAUUUAGUAGGUAUGUCUUGUAGUUUAUGGUGUGUUAUUGUUCAGAAAAUACUGUAUUUUUUUUUAUUUUAUUUCCUAUCUUAUUCUACUGUGGUGAUGUUUUUUAUACUACAUAAUGUAUAGUUUAAUAAAGAAAGAGCAACAUCAUCUGAUAAUGGUCAUUUUUGGGAUUAAUGUUAUGUCUUGGAAACCAGCAAUUAAUACAAGAAUGUUCUUGUAAAUGUAAACUUCCAGUCAUAUUUCGAGCUGAGUUAUGUGCACGUAGUGAGUUAAUACUAAAUUUGAGCAUGUCUGUAUUCAGACCUCAGACAGAACCAGGGACCUGCAUGUUGCUUGGACAGUUGUGCCAGAGAUGUGAGUGCAGAUAUUUGCAAUUCUGAGGUUGAACCUAUGUCAAUAUUUCUUGUGUUAAUAAAUAUUGAUUCCAGCC